AGACCACACAGGGCUGGUGGGGGAGGUCAGUUUAGCCUUGGAUCCUUCCAGGCCCUCCCAGAAACAUUCUGACUGUCACCUCAAUGUGCCCAUGACAGGGGAGGGCAGGGAGUUAGUCAUUGACUGGGGCAGUGUGCCCACCCAGGGAAGGAGCCGGCUGUCAACCUCCCCCACUGGCUGGACGAUUGGUAUGUUCCAGGAUGGAAGCAACUCCUUCCAGCAUCCUUCAUCCUUCAGGUACUAGUGGUCCAGACAGGCAGUGCUAACGCUUUAUCACUUGGAACCAGCCCUUGAAGGACCUAAGGCUAGUCCUGACUCCCUUUUCAGGGAUUGCUUCUAUUCUCCUCUGAGCCUGCUAUUUCUAUCACCUGCAUCAGAAAGCACCAGACAACAGGGCAAGACGCCCACUUCAACAAGAAGGUCUCUGUUUUCCUCAAAACCCCUGGAUCUGCAGCCCACUAAAGCUUCAGAGCCACGAUGAAAGGAGAGACCCCCGUAAACAGCACCAUGAGCAUUGGGCAAGCCCGAAAGCUGGUGGAGCAGCUCAAGAUAGAAGCCAGCAUGUGCCGGAUAAAGGUAUCCAAGGCAGCUGCUGACCUGAUGACAUACUGUGAUGCUCACGCCUGUGAGGACCCCCUCAUCACCCCUGUGCCCACCUCGGAGAACCCCUUCCGGGAGAAGAAAUUCUUUUGUGCACUCCUCUAAGCGCCUGCCCCCCACCCCCGCCCUGGACCCACCCUGCGAUCCCUCAAGCUGCCCCCAAUCCAAACUCUGGCCCAUCCCCCGAGGGUAUCAGAAGCACAAGCUAGCCCUAAGCCCCUACCCGUCAGCCCCGUCUCUCCUCCCACCAAGGACAGCUCCAAGGAGGGCCAAGCGAGGGGACUCGCGAGGGUCGCCUCUCGGCCUCCGCCUGGCCCGCUGACCGUGGCACCGCCUUCCCCGGGGGCCGCAGACGAUGGAGCGGGGGAAGGGGACUGGGGCUCGACGGCUGAGCCUAGCGGGGGGUUGUGGGGAGCAGGAAU